AGCCUGGGCUUUCAGCGGCUCAGCCGCUCAAGUAGAGCGCUGGAACGGGUAAAGUAACAGCCCAGGAGAGACACCCAACCCGCUCUAUAAAUUUCUCGGCUGGGCCACAGGCCGGAAAGAAGCGGCGGCGUUACCUUCGACAGCGAGUCCGUCGAGCAAGGAUCGAUGGGGGAGCGGCGCUACAGCAAACUUGAAGAAGCCCUCGAGAUCAAAUCCCUCCGCCGAAUCAUCAAUUCGUACCUGAAUUAUCCUGAUGCUGCUGAGGCGGAUGUUAGAAGAUAUGAAAGAUCAUUUAAAAAACUUUCACCUGCCCAUAAGGGUCUUCUCUCUCAUCUUCCUUCAAAAUUCCGAAGACUUAGAUGGUGCAUAUCUGUGAACACACAUUUUAUUAUGAGCAUGCUUCAGGCAUUUGAACCUCCUUUUGACAUGAGCCAGGAUAUAGAUAUUGAUGAACAUGGGAACUUAAAGAAUGUCUCUGAAGAUCAUAUUCAAACAGAAGUCUCUUCCAACUCUCAAGAGAGAGAUAUUUGUGCAGGGCAACCUGUUUCAGCUGCUGGAAGCAUUAUUUCUGGGCUUAGGUCAUCUAAUUUCUGCAGAGGGAAUGAUGUAACUCAUAGCUCUCGGAAAAGCAGCAAUGAAAAAAAGGAGAUCCAUCCAGAAAAUCAGUGCAACUCUGUUGCAGACAGAUCUUUUUCAUCCGAACACCAUACAGAAUCGUGUAGUAGUGGAGAUGACAUGAAGGUUAAUGGUGGUCCAGCUUCAUGCUGCCAUGAUUCUACUGAUAAUGGAAAUGUUACUUCACCAUGUGAUUUGAUGGACUCAUCAUUGGAGUUGAAUGUCCCUCUAGUUGAUGUUGACAAGGUAAGAUGUAUCAUAAGGAACAUAGUCAGAGACUGGGCAGCAGAGGGUCAAAAGGAGCGUGACCAAUGUUAUAAGCCUAUCCUUGCAGAGCUUAAUCGCCUAUUUCCAGAUCGAUCUAAGGAAAGGCCUCCUUGUUGUUUGGUUCCUGGUGCUGGACUUGGAAGGCUAGCGUUGGAAAUUUCAUGUCUUGGUUUCAUAAGCCAAGGAAAUGAAUUCUCAUAUUAUAUGAUGAUCUGCUCAAAUUUUAUCCUCAACCAUACUCAGGUGGUUAAUGAAUGGACGAUUUAUCCUUGGAUCCAUAGCAAUUGUAAUUCUCUUUCAGACAAUGACCAACUUCGGCCUGUUUCAUUUCCCGAUAUUCAUCCAGCAAGUGCAGGAAUUACUGAAGGCUUUUCUAUGUGUGGUGGUGACUUUGUUGAGGUCUACAAUGAUGAAAGUCAAGAAGCUUUUUGGGAUGCUGUUGUAACAUGUUUUUUCCUGGAUACGGCACAUAACAUUGCUGAAUACAUUGAAAUAAUAUCAAAACUUCUCAAAAGUGGAGGAGUCUGGAUAAAUUUGGGUCCUCUACUUUAUCACUUUGCAGACUCAUACUCACCUGAUGAUGAGAUGUCCAUUGAACUCAGUUUGGAAGAUGUGAAGAAAGUCGCUUUCCAUUAUGGAUUUGAAAUGGAGAUAGAGAGAAUCAUUGAGACAACUUACACUGCAAAUCCUCGAUCAAUGAUGCAAAAUCGAUACUUUGCAGCCUUUUGGACAAUGAAGAAGAAACCGGUGACAUGAAGUUAUUGUUCUUGCGAGCUAUAUGGGUGCCAUUAGCAUUCUUCAUUUAAGCAAUUUACCAGAUAAAAGUGCUAGCUUUCAUUGUGCUACUCUAAACGUAGAUUCUAUUUACAGCCUUAGGAAAUGAAGGGGCAGAAAGGACUGAUGAUGGGAUGGUCGGAUACAUGAAAAACUGUACUUGUUUGGUCACAUGGAAUGCUUUAACUUGGUACUUAAACUUGAAAUAAUACGAGCUAUAAAGUAUAUUUGGAGACAAUUCAUUUGAUUAAAACCCAUGGUUGGAUUUAUUCA